CAUAUGUUUAAAAUCCAAAUGACAAUCGAAUCAUGAAUAUCUUCAACGAUAAUGAUGAUGACAAACUUGAUGAUUAUGAUGCCCUGUUAAACCUAGUUCCUCGAUUACCCGUAGCAACAUUCGAUAGUUAUGAUCCAAAUAUUCCACCGGAAAAUGGUGCCGAUUAUCUGCGACGAGUUCAACUUGAAGCACAACAAGAACCUAAUAUAAAAGUAGCCGAACAAUUUUUCGUUCGAAAACCAAAAUGUUAUGAUUACCAUGUGGAAUCGAUCAAAGAAAAUGAAUUCAUACGUUCAUUACCUGCAUUUGAAAUUCAUGAACAAUUAAUAAUUCCAUCAGUUAUUGAAUCAUUUUUAACAUUACGUCAACAUAUCGAUGAUUUAAGGAAAAAAUAUGCUGAUGACAACAAAUUAAUCAAACGUACCCGUAAAUGGUGGCGAGAAUAUUGUUUCAGUUAUAAUAACCAAUCAAAUGAUUUGAAAUAUAAGCCUGAAAAUAAUUAUCAAACAAAUAUACCUAGAUUAUCAUUACUAGCACGUAUUAGUCAAAAAGAAAUUUGUCGAUUAUUAUGCUAUCAUUACCAAUGGUUGCUGGAAGAUGAUCAUGAUCAAUACACCAUAGAAAGAGGAUUAUGGUUUUAUUCACUGUUGGCCGCAUUGGAUUCCAUUCAACCUGAUGAUACCUAUUGUCUAUUACGGAAGAUUACGCGUCUUUGUAGCCGUAUACGAAAUGAGUUUCAAAUCUAUCUCGAAGAGAAUGUUAAGGGCAAUGAUGAUGAUGAUGCGAAAAUGGCAGCUGCGGUUGACCACAUUGUUGAUGAUGAUAAAUGUAGCAUAUUAUUCCAAAAACUUGCUUCAUUAAAUCUGAUCAUCUUGUUGGUGGGAUAUUAUUUCAAUCAAAAAGAUUUGCUUGAUAGUUGGAAAUAAUCAGCAUUCUGUUCAAUCAAUGUAUACAAAACUUGUUCAAUGAUCUCAGAGAAAAACAAAAGCGAAAAAAUUUCUGAUGAUAAAACAAUUGUAAAAAUAAACGAAA